GUGAGCAGAUGACAAACUGAAACAAGAAGGAGGGAGAAUAGGAGCCUAACCCAAGGCAACAACUUUAGGGCUCACAUAAUUCUGAGUACUUACCCGGAUAUUUAGAUCUAGAAAAGGUAUUCUGACUUGUGUGGAUGGAUAACUUUUUAAUUCUUUUUUUCUUUUACUGCAUUGAACUUGUAUUUUGUUGUCAUGUGUUUAGCCUCUUACCUCCAAAAGACUCGUCUAAAGCACACAGCAUACAACAUCACCAGUGCUAAAAAAAAUGGCCAAGACUUGGAUUUUUCUCCUCUGCUUGCAAUGUCUACUGGCGUCUGGCUUAGCGAACGUAGAGAGGAGCAUAGAUAACUUGGUCAACCAGAUCAGUUCGUGCAUGUCCAAUCCAGCCAUCAGCGUUGCAGCCUUAAGUCUAAAUGACAAAGGCGUGGACACAGUCAAAUACUACAAGGGAUUUAACCGUGUCACCUUAGCAGAUAAUAUAGAAGCCUCUCACGCUACGCGAUUCUGCAUAGGUGGCGCCACACAGGCUUUCACCGCUGUGCUGCUUGCCAAAUUAUUGGAACAAACAAAUUACACAUGGGACACGCCCAUUCAGGAAAUCUUAAGCCGACAGUUAGGUUUUCAAGAGAAGUACCGCAGUGAGAAUUUAAACCUAAAAGACAUCUUCCUAAUGAGGUCCGGUCUGGCUGGCAUGGAGAUAGUACCAAUAGCCAAGCCCUUCAGAGAUGCUGAUCAUUUGACAAGCUAUCUCCGAUAUGCACCAGAAGUCAGCAGCUUCAGAGACAGUUACGUUACAAAUGAAGUGCUCUUCGCCUACGUAGAGGAGGUCCUGCAGAAACUUGGCAACGAUACUUGGGCUAACCUGGUCGAAAGUUUAAUUUUGAAGCCUCUCAGGAUGGAAGACACAGUGACUGUCGCUGACGCCGAGAAGUUCUCAUCCAAUGAACUAGCCCCAGGCGCUGUUCUACGAAGUGCUAAUAAUUUCAUCUACUUGUCUGCAAAGAGUUUAUCCGGCCUUGAACUUGUAGCCCCUGCUGCCGGACUGUGCACGUCUGCCAGAGAUAUGGUGAACUGGUUUAAGUUUUUAUUAAGCAAUAGAAAUGUGCCUGUGAACAAAGAGACACUGCAGACUACCUUGAAUACAUUGGCGUUCAGGAAUACACCGCAAGUGAAUCUACGACACCAAGACAUGACCAAUGAACAUACUGACUUUCAGAAGGAUCCAACAUUCACCUACAACAGAGAUAAGCAGGCUCUAGGGUGGGUCGCUGGUCAGUACAGAGGUUACGCCUUUGUUUCCCAAGAUGGUUCACUGGCAGGUUAUCAAACACUGGCGACUAUAAUCCCUUCCAAGAAAGUGGCCGUCUUCACAUCUUUUGCUGGGGAUGAAAGUGACAAAAAUUUCAUCAUCAAGACAAUUAUCAAUCAAUAUAUACUGGACAUACUUCUGGAGGAAAGAAGCUCCUGGUUAACCAGAGGAUUCCCCCAUCUAUGUUCCAUUGUUGAAAACAUUGCCAGCAAACUUUCAACAAGAAGGACUCCAGGAAGAUCUGUUUAUGGGGCCCAGGCCAUCUAUCAGCCAGAAGUCUAUGAAAACAGGUACUGGAACUAUGCCUUUGGUGAAGUGCAUGUAAAACAGAAUUCAACAUUGGAGCAAAAUCAAGGGAAAAAACUCUAUUUGACUUAUGGACAGAUAACUUUUGAUUUGAUACCAACCUCUGAAAACCAUACAUUUCUUAUGAGGGCAACUGGAAAUUAUUGGCACAUCACAAACACUGAGUUCUACACAAAAUACAGAAUCCUAACUGCAAGGUUUCAUGCCUUCACUUGGAGUGAACAAGAUGGGGAAAGAGCACAAUCAGUCACCAUUCAAGGCUUCGACAAGAAUGUGGACGGUGUUGAGUUCAGCGUAAACCCAGAGAGGCCAAAGUUUAGUAUGGAGCUGUGCUCAGGGGCCACUUUGCCACAAGUGGUUAUCUUCUCCUGGCUUGUGGCACUCACUGCGCUUGUCUCGUACAUUAGAUAACUAGCUAGGUGAUAUUUUAAUUGAAUAUAUUUUUCCUUCUAUGUAACAUUAGGUUAUGCAUUGAACAUUUUUUUUUUAUUUUUAGUUUUUUAAAAGACAAUUGACUGUAGUGUCCAUCUGUUUGUUAAAUGUUAUCCAUAUUUAGAGUUACUUUAGGAAUUAGAUUUGGAAUAGAUGGAUUUAUAGUGGCUUUCAAUUUAUCUUCCUAAAAUCACUUUUAAACAAUUCAAAUUUCAUUUUAUUUGUAUUACUUUUUUAGUAACCAAAAGUAAUUCAAUAAAUAAUUUAACCCUCUCCUCCUCAAAGUGUUUCUACAGUUGACUAAAAUGUAUUUUUUUACUCAUGUACAUUCAUCUCAUAUAAAAAUGUUCUCAAAAUUUAAAGAAAAAAAAGAAAUUAAGCUGUAGCAGGUGAGGAAUUUCAUUAUAGUCCUCAUUCCAUUUUCCAAUGUUUUAUUUUAAUACUAAAAAACAAAUAGAGACAGAAAGAGUUGAAAAAAAAAUUACUAAACUGAAUCAAGCAUUUCAUUUUGAUUUUGUUGCUUUAAUAUUGAAUAUUAAAUAUAUUUUCUGUUUUGUUACAAAUAUAAUAAUGAAUGUUCAUUAUAUUUUAUAUUUAUAUAUAUUUAUAUAUUUGUAUUUUUUUUUGUUAUAAUUAAUUUUUUAUUCUUGGAAUAGCGUAAGCUUUGGACAGAUACUAAAAUUCACCAAAAAAUGGAUAAGUUUAUAUGUACUUAAUUUUAGUACUACUGAGCAAAUGGUUGCUAUAUGGAAUUUUCACUGAACUGUAAAGACGUAGAUUCAGGGAAGACUCAUAGUUUAGCUUCACCCCCCCCCCAACACACACACAGAUUUGAGGAUAUUAGAAUAGGUCAUUUAAUCUCGUUUUAUAUACACAAUGAUCACUUAAGAAUCUGAGAGACUAUGUCACAUAAUUCUGUGUGCGAAAUGGAUCUCAAAGCUUCUUUUCAACAGUCUCAAGGGGAGAAUAAACCAACUGACAGUUCAUUCUCCCAUGAGAGGUCAGGUGACAAAUUGUUCAGAUUAGUCAUUGAAUCUUUUUUGUUUAAGUGCCUAAAUGUUUGACAGCUAAGUUAUAUUUAUAUUUGCUUGCAAAUUCAGACUUCAGCAUUUGCCACACAAGAAUCUUUCCAGAAGUGUAAUUCAUCAAAUGAAUUGCCUCCCCUUUAUUUGUUGUACAAAAUCAUAUUCACUAAACACAUUUACAUGUUUCAAAGUAUUUUUAUUCUAUUAUUAUUUUAAUAUAUUAUUAUUACAAACAGUAUUAUUAUACAUAGACAUUAUUUUUUUGCUAUUUUAUAUAUUUUUGCAUUAAUAUCAAGUUUUAAUGUUAGCAUUCAUAUUUAAUUUUUUUAUUGAAUAACUUUCUGUUGCCUUCUCAUCAAGAGUCUAAAUAAAAUAAUAAUUGGUAUUGUUUAGGAGUUUAACACCUCUAUAUCAAGGUAUAUAUGAUACACAGGCUAUAAGGUCUUAUCACUAUUAAAUAAUUUAGAUUGUAACCAAUGGGAGGUACCACAGUUAUAUUAAAUUUCCUCUGAAAUGAUAAACUUUAAAAAAAAAAGGGGUAUUAGUUUAUGUUUGAGUAUCUAACCAAUUUUCAAACGUAUGUCGAAAUUAAUAUAUACAUAUAUAUAUCACAUUUAUUGUUUUUCGCUAUGUAUUUCUACAUUUACAAUUUUUUUUUUUAAAUGUAUUUUUCUGUUAUUCUCGUAUUGUUGGAAAACAAGCUUUAGCAAUUAAUAGAAAACAACAAGCUUCCAAUGAGAAUUUAUUUCCCAUGACAGCUACUGGAGUUGUACAUUUUGUUUUUGUUGAGUGUUUCAUUGUGCUUGAUAUGGAUUUAAAAAAAAAAAGAAUGUAAUAGAUCUUUAUGUAGAGUGUGAUGUGUGUUGCAUUUUGACACUAUUAAUUGGCUCUUAUGUUAUGACACUUUCCUAGUCUUCAAUUUUUGGAUCUUUCCACACUGUUUUCUUUUCUUUACAAAUAAAAAUAUUAAAACUUA